AUGGCCAACCCCGUGCAGCCUCAGUUUCCCCUUGUGCAGGAGGCGGGCUCCACCUCACCCUUGGAGCUGCCGGAGAUGGAGAAGCUCCUCACCAAGGUGGCGGACAAGGACGACAAGGCUCUGGGUCUGUCCAGGUCCCUCUCAGGGGCUCUGGACUUGGAGAAUGGCCACAGCCUGCCCUUCAAGGUGAUCUCGGAGAGGCACCGGGAGGCCUCCCUGCCCCGCUCCCCUUCCCGGGCCAGCUCCCGGAGGGCAUCCUCCAUCGCCACCACCUCCUACGCCCAGGACCAAGAAGUCCCCAAAGAUUACCUCAUCCUCGCCAUCGCCUCCUGCUUCUGCCCGGUCUGGCCCCUCAACCUCAUCCCUCUUAUCUUUUCUAUCAUGUCUCGAAGCAGCGUGCAGCAGGGGGACCUGGACGGGGCCCGGAGGCUGGGCCGCAUGGCCCGGCUGCUCAGCAUCACCUUCAUCAUCAUGGGGAUCAUCAUCAUCAUCGUGGCGGUGACUGUGAACCUCACAGGGUUUCCUGUAACAGACAGAAACUCCGGAUGUCUUGCCUUUCGGCAACCCUCCUUGAAUGAGAAGCAGAGGGAGAGGACGCAAGCAACCCAGAAAUUUCUCAGUUUGGUCUGGGUUCCUCAAGGAAGCUGUAGCAAGGAUUCCGAAGCUUCUGGGAGAGAGGAGGCCCUGGUGCCCUCAGGGCACUCCUGGGCAGACCCUGGCGUGGGGACCAGUGCCCCUGAGGCCCCUAACAGCUCAACGCUCGCCCUGGCUCUGGCUGCCCUCGCCCGGCCGUGUGCAAGUCAUCCUUCAAACCCCAGUGAGUUACAGGCACUGUGCUCUGCGUCGUCGCCCGCGGGCUGGGGAGCCGGGGAUGGAGGUGAUGGAGGCAGCCUUUCGGCUUCUAUUCCGUAUGCCCUGUAUCGCUGGAAUCUCACAACAAACAUUUAG